AUCUCUCAAACGCCCCUCUUUCUAUGCAAUUUUACAAUCACAUUACUUCGGAUGCGAAUUUCAUAAUGAAAUUAUUUAUUAGUAUUUUAUCAUUAUCAGUUUUAACAGAAUCGGCCAUUAAAACUUGGACGGAUAAUACGAAUUUUGAUAAUUUUAACAAUUGGAAUUUAAAGAGAAUUCCCAAAGAAAGCGACGUAGCGAUAAUGACAGAUAGUGAAAUGGCAAUAUUUAUGCCAAAAUCUCUUAUUGUUAAGGAACUGCUUUUGCCAGUUAAUGGAAUGUUAGUAUUUCCAACUAAUGGCGAAAUGCGUCUUUCUGAAUCAAAUCUUCCAAGUGAAGAUAUAACUUUUAUUGGAGGACGUUCCAGUUAUUGGUACGAUCCAAAAAAUUGGAAUGUUACAUCACCUGAAGCGAUUAAUGUGGUAGGAGAUAAAGAUUCAUUUCCAAUCCCCCAUUCGGAACAAGUGCCUUGUCAGCAAGACGAUAUUAUAUUUCCAAUUGAUACAACAUUUCGAAUACUUUUUGAUGUAAUUCCGUUACAGAUGCGAUCGAUAUCUAUCAAUGGAAAGCUACUUAGAUCCUCUAAUGUUAGAGACUUUCUGACGUCAGAUAUGGGUAAAUUAUUAUUUGUUAAUCCUCCUGAUAUAACAUUAACAGAAGAUUUAUGUAAUAAUCCAUCCGGAUGCGCUUGUGAAAAUGAUAAACCUCAAAUUAAAUCGAAAAUCUGUAUUUACGCUGCACCGAAAUGUCCGAAACCGAAAUGUGCGGAUCCUAUUACUCCUCAAGGUCAUUGCUGUUCUAUUUGUGGAUCAUCCAUAAUACUGACAUAUAAAGAAGGUUUUACAUGGAAUACGAUGAAACAGCUCUUCUUGAUGUAUAUUAAAAAACCCGAAUUCCAAUCUGUUCAAGGAUAUAUAUCAAAAACGUACGAUGCUAAAAUACAAAUGAUAUUUACUGAUGCGGGUCGUGAAAAAGGACUUGCUGCUAAUUUAGCAGGAAAUAUUCAUGCUUAUUUACAACAAGAUAUUGCUGAUCUGAAAAUGUAUAAUUUAACAUCUACUACAUUAAAAGUAUCAUCAAACUGGUAUUCUGGUGACGAUGUUAUUCCUCCAGUUUCACAAUCUUUGCAGGGAUCAGCUGGUAAAACCGUAGGUAUCAUUUUGGCAAUUUUUAUUGGAGCAGCUAUUUUGCUAGCAUUGUUUAUGAUGUAUAAGAAAAGAAGUAUUCUUAGGAUACCGGGAUUUGCUUUUGCACGAUUUGAUUCCGACGGCAGUAGAAUUGAAGUAGAAUUGGGUACUACACCUCACGCGAUGUUAGAUCCUUCAUCGUCAUCCAUUCUUCCUGUUCAGCAAGCCGAAGAUAAAGGUUUUGAUAAUCCAGUCUACGAUAAAUCGAUGACAUCAUUGGAAAAUCAGUCGUACAUAGAAGAAAUCACAGAAGGCAAAAUAUCGAAAACAACCGAAACUCGAGAAAAUCCCAUGUUUAUGAUUUUAGACGAAGAUGGAGAAAGCUCCGAUUUAGUCAAAUACUAAAUUAAAUACAAUCAAAAAGUGUUUAAUACUAAAUAGAUUCCUAAUAUAAAAAUUUGCCUUCGAUCAAACUCAAACUUUGAGAGUAAAUUUUUAUGAAUAAAAAAAAAAUUAAAUUUAUGAAAAACUGAAUACAGGUAAUCCCCGUAUGACAAGGUGCUUUUAUAGCACGGGUUCAUUCUAACACGGUUCGGGAAUUGGGUAAAACCCUCGUACAACAUGAAGUGUAAUAAAGGGUGCGUUCUUUUAUACCUCCGCGUAACUC